AAAAAGCUUAUUCUGUUAGAGUUGUGGUCUUUCCUUAAUGAUUUGGUGGUUGUCAACCUAAUAUAACUGUCAACAGGAGGAGGUUGCAAAAGAGUUUGGUAUACCAGUGCAGUUCCAGCGUUUUURGCUUUGGGCAAAGCGUCAAAACCAUACUUAUCGCCCCAAUCGGYCAUUGACACAUCAAGAAGAAGCACAAUCUGUUGGUCAGUUGAGAGAGGUAUCAAAUAAGGCACACAAUGCAGAACUCAAGUUGUUCUUGGAAGUAGAGCUUGGGCUGGAUUUACGACCAAUUCCUCCUCCAGAUAAGACAAAAGAAGAUAUUUUGCUUUUCUUCAAGCUUUAUGAUCCUGUGAAAGAAGAGCUUCGGUAUGUUGGGAGAUUCUUUGUAAAGGGUGCUGGUAAGCCAGCUGAAAUCAUAGCAAAACUAAAUGAGAUGGCUGGAUUUGUUCCUAAUGAGGAGAUUGAACUUUAUGAGGAAAUAAAGUUUGAGCCAAGUGUCAUGUGUGAACACAUUGACAAAAAACUCACAUUUCGAGCUAGCCAGCUUGAAGAUGGGGACAUUAUCUGCUUCCAGAUAUCCCCUCCAGUUGAAAGUUAUGGACAGUGUCGAUAUCCUGAUGUUCCUUCAUUUUUGGAGUAUGUACAUAAUCGUCAGGUGGUUCAUUUCCGGUCUCUGGAUAAACCCAAGGAGGAUGAAUUCUGUUUAGAGCUGUCAAAGCUUUAUACCUACGAUGAUGUUGUGGAAAGAGUUGCUCGUCAACUUGGUUUGGAUGAUCCUUCCAAAAUUAGACUUACAUCUCACAACUGUUACUCUCAGCAACCUAAACCCCAACCUAUUAAGUACCGUGGUGUGGAGCAUUUAUCAGACAUGUUGGUCCAUUACAAUCAGACUUCCGAUAUUUUGUAUUAUGAAGUAUUGGACAUCCCUCUUCCAGAAUUGCAAGGUCUAAAGACUCUUAAGGUGGCUUUUCAUUCCUCUAUGAAGGAUGAGGUGGUUAUUCACAGCAUUAGACUUCCAAAACAGAGCACUGUUGGGGAUGUGAUUAAUGAUCUUAAAACAAAGGUUGAGCUAUCUCAUCCAAAUGCAGAACUUAGAUUGCUUGAAGUCUUCUACCACAAAAUUUACAAGAUUUUCCCACCGAAUGAAAAGAUUGAGAACAUAAAUGAUCAAUAUUGGACAUUACGUGCAGAGGAGAUUCCAGAGGAAGAAAAAAACCUUGGCCCUCAUGAUCGUUUGAUUCAUGUUUAUCACUUCACCAAAGAUGCAUCUCAAAACCAGAUGCAGGUUCAGAAUUUUGGGGAGCCAUUUUUCUUGAUCAUCCACGAGGGUGAGACUUUGGCUGAAGUCAAAGUCCGUAUACAGAAGAAACUGCAGGUUCCAGAUGAGGAGUUUGUAAAGUGGAAGUUUGCAUUUUUGUCAUUGGGUCGCCCCGAGUAUCUUCAGGACUCCGACAUUGUAUCUAGUCGUUUUCAGAGAAGAGAUGUUUAUGGAGCUUGGGAACAGUAUCUUGGUUUGGAACACUCUGAUAGUGCUCCUAAAAGGGCUUAUGCAGCAAAUCAGAACCGCCACACAUUUGAGAAGCCAGUGAAAAUCUACAACUAAGAAGAGCUGGUGGUCCUCUGUCACAGCAUUGGCUGAACCUGAUAAACAUGGAAUACCAAGCGCUGCAAUGUGAAGAAAAUGGUAACAUUGAAAAGAUGAAUGAUGCACAGCAAAUCGAAAAGCAAGAAAUGGAAGAUAUCAUUAAGGUGGUCUCCACUGGGUAUGGUUAUUGAUUUUGUUGGCUAUGUAUUCGUUUUCUAGUGUGGGUGGGGGAGAGAGACUUACCCCAAUUGCAGGUCCGUUUCAUCUAGCGGUCAACAACCCCUCUUGAGGUUUUGUUCUUUUUUCAUGAGGGCCCGUUCUCAUGUGAGAAGCUAGUGGCCUUUUGAUUUCCUUUGUAAUUUAGUGGUACAUAAGAAGAUUUUGGACUAGAAAUGUAUACAGGGUAUAGUCAGGUGUCCUUGGCCUGUCUUAAUUUUUCUUGUUUGUUUUCUUCCUUUGUUUUUCUUCAGUUUUUUAGAAGUGUUUAGGGAAUUUGGGGGUUGUACAAUGGUUGGUUAACGGGACUGCUUAUGGCUUUUCUAGGUUUUUGUAAAAGAAACAGCUAUAAUGAUCUGCAGUUCUCAGAUUGGCCUAACAGGGGCUUUUCGGCAAUCACUAUUUCUUAUCAAUUUCAAGUGAAUAGUUCUUGAUUUGAUUUCCA